AUGGCAGGAUGCCAUAAAGCUAGGCUUGUAGUUAGGGGUGACACACAGGUAGAGGGUGUUGAUUUUCAGGAAACUUUUUCCCAUGUUAUAAAAAUUUCUACUGUCAAAACCCUGGUAGUUGUUGAUAUAAAGCAACAUCGUCCUUUGUUUCAACUUGAUGUUAACAAUGCCUUCUUGCAUGGUGAUCUAGAUAAGGAAGUUUUCAUAAGGCCUCUAGGCAAUGGUAUACCGAGCUAUCUCAAGCCUUGCAUUCUGGAGGAUAUACUCAUUCUCUCAAUGAUUAUUCCCUGUUUACCAGGGUAUUUCUUAGAUGAUCAGUUUAAAAUCAAAGAUUUGGGGUCUCUUAACUAUUUCCUUGGUAUUGACGUGUUGCAUACUACUUCUGGGGUUCUACUGCAUCAAAGGAAAUUUAUUCUUGAUCUCUUAGCUGAGUUCCAUUCUGAUGCAUGCUCUCCUAUCACUUGCCCUCUAGAACUGAAUGUUAAAUUGAAGGAUAGAGUUGGUAAUUAUCUUCCUAUGCCUGAGGAGUAUAGAAGUCUGAUUAGUAAGCUUAACUUUUUCACCCAUACCAGGCAUGAUCUCAAUUUUGUUGUACAACAUCUUAGCCAGUUUAUGCAGCAACCUUGUGAGCCUCAAAUGAAGGUUGCCUUACAUUUGCUGAGAUAUCUGAGGGGCACUUCUGAUUUUGGGAUUUUCUUUAAUAAUUCUUCUGAUUUGUCCCUGCAAGUUUAUUGUGACAGUGAUUGGGGUUCCUGCCCUGAAAGUAGAAGGUCUGUUUAUGGGUUCUGCAUCUUUCUUGGUAGGAGUCUCAUUAGUUGGAAGUCCAAGAAGCAUGUUGUGAUUUCACUCUCUUUAGCUGAGACUGAGUAUAUGGCCAUGAGUAAAGUUGUAGCUAAAACUAUUUGGGUUUGUAGGCUGCUUACUGAUUUUGGCUUCCCUUCUGCUCUUCAUAUUCUUCAUUUUUGUGAUAGUAUGUCUGCUAUUCACAAUGCCAGGAAUCCCGUUUUUCACGAGCGCACAAACUACUUUGAACUGGACUGCCACUUUGUUCGCAGCAAACUUGCUGAAGGGCUAAUUUCUCUCUCUCACACCUCAAGUGCCUCCCAGCUAGCUUGCUGA